GGGCUCCAUGUCAUCUGCGACUUUGGACGGAGCUCUCUAUUGUAGAAUUCAACUGACUCUAGACAAGUAACCAUGCAGAACGAGGCCGGCCAGUCGAUCGACAUCUACAUCCCGCGCAAGUGCUCGUGGACCAACCGCAUCCUGGCGGCCAAGGACCACGCCUCGGUGCAGAUCAACGUCGGCCGCGUGAACGCCAACGGCGUCUUCACGGGUGAGUCGGACACCUUCGCUCUUGCUGGCUACAUUCGCCACCACGGUGAGGGCGACAUGGCCAUCACCGAGCUGGCUCGCCAGGCGGACGCCAAGAACUAAGCAGACCAAGUUGUCGUGAUCGCGCGCUGCUGCUGCGAAGUGGAGUGUGCGUUCAUCUACGUCUAGCUGGCAGUUCAGGAGGCUGGUGAUUACGAUAUGUAUCAACAGAUACGUCUGUGAUCGCUGGCAGGAAUUGCGGUACCGUCGCUUAUGGAGUCGGUUGUUUGCGGGUUCGACCUCGCCUUUUGAUUUGAUCGGGUGUAGGCUUAGUAUUUAACUCUGGCCAACGGACGAGCAAGAAUAAAGUAGUUCAAACCCGUCAGA